AUGCCGAAAAACCGCCCUGCCACGUCGGGUUACGCCCGUCUCGCCCAAGAGGAGGAGGAACGCGGCUACCUUCACGACGACUCGGAAGAUGAGGAUCUCGCGGUCUCAUCGACGGUCUCAACCUCCGCCCCCCGUUAUGCUCCCAUUUCCUCCCGAGCCCAGAUGCAGGCAUCCGGUCUCGCUUCGCCACCUGGCCAUCGCCGCAGACACAGUGGAUUUCAACGGCGAGGCCGUCGGAACUCCGGGGUUGACAUAAAAGCGAUCAACGCGCGUCUAGAACGGUGGGCGGAAGAGAUUGCGUCCAAAUUUAAGAUUCAUCGUGUCAAGGGCAAGACCUACGAGGAGGAGAAGCUGGAGAUCUAUCACUCCGUCUUCCAGGCACCUCCAGGCGUCCUACCAAUCUCAGCAGAAGCUUUGGAAUCUGAUGAGUUCGAAGGCCAGCAGCGAAAAGCGCGAGCCGAAUAUGAAGAGAUCAUUGAAAGUGUCCGUUUGGCAAUUGAGCUCGACGUGCACCCACGAAUGAUUUCCCAGGGAAGCUCAGGCAGUUACUUUGCCCGCAAUCCCGAGGGGAAAGUAGUGGGUGUUUUUAAGCCCAAGGAUGAGGAACCCUACGCGUCGCGGAAUCCCAAAUGGACCAAGUGGAUUCACCGGAACCUUUUCCCUUGCUUCUUCGGGCGAGCCUGUCUCAUUCCCAAUCUGUCAUAUGUUUCUGAAGCAGCCGCAUACGUACUCGAUGCCCGCCUACGCACAAAUCUCGUCCCCUAUACCGAUAUUGCCUAUCUAUCCUCCAGAUCAUUUUUCUACGACUUCUGGGAUCGACGCAAGGCGUGGAAGGGAAAGAAAUCCCUUCCUCCCAAGGCAGGAAGCUUCCAGGUCUUUCUCAAGGGAUAUAAGGAUGCAAAUAUCUUCCUCCGCGAUCACCCAUGGCCAGAUCAGAACAAUUCGGGAUUCCGUGCUUCAGAUGCACCCAAGCGCAAGAAGCGCCCAUGGAACGAAGCUUGCCGUCCAUCUGGAAUGCAGUCUGACGACGAGGAUGAUGAUGAAAAUGGACACAUGCCAUCACCUAACUCGCGCGGCGAAAGUGCUGAGCGACGAUUCAACUGGACUGAAAACUUGAAACAAUCCUUCCGUGAGGAGCUGGAAAAAUUGGUGAUCCUUGACUAUAUAAUGCGAAACACGGAUCGUGGCCUCGACAAUUGGAUGGUGAAGAUUGACUGGGGCACGGAACAAGUGUCUAUUGUCGCGGAACCGCCAAAAAACAGCGACCCCAAGCCACAACAUGAUGAAGACGACCUCAUGCCUCCUCCUCGUCCAGUCUCAGUCAACUCCAACGGCACCCGCUCCCCACGCUCUCCUCAUCCCUACAGGCGUCAAGAGACUAUGAUGGCCGUGAGUCGUACAGGAACACCCUUAGCUUCAUCCGAGCAACAGGCCUCUAUCCAGGUCGGUGCCAUUGAUAACAGCCUCUCGUGGCCCUGGAAGCAUCCCGACGCUUGGCGGAGUUUCCCCUUUGGAUGGCUUUUCUUGCCGGUUUCAUUGAUCGGGCAGCCUUUCUCCCAAAAGACUCGUGACCAUUUCCUCCCCUUGUUGACUUCUACAGCCUGGUGGAGUGGAACCCAGAUGGCCCUCCGCCAGGUGUUUGCACAAGAUGACGAUUUCAAAGAAAGCAUGUUCGCCCGUCAGAUUGCUGUAAUGAAGGGCCAAGCCUGGAAUGUGGUUGAGACUUUGAAGCAACCAGAUCAUGGCCCCCUCGAACUGACUCGGCGGACCCGAGUUUGUGUUUGGGAUGACUUGGUCGAUGUGCCCGUUGCUAUCCCGAUGCGAGCUCCUUCAAUGGACACGCAAAGACGCCAAGCCAUGAAUUACGAAAAUGAUGAAGAAGAAGAAAUGGAUAUCGGCGCAGGCAUAUCUCCUAGUCAGCAUAACGAGCGUGACCUUCUGGGACUCGAAUCCUCUUCAAAUGACCUCCCUAAUCCGAAUCGAUUUGAACUCAAUCGUGGUCGUCCAGGGGCAGAUCUGAUUGACAUCCCUGCGACUUUGGAUGGUGGCGAUUUUGUUCGUCAAGAUGCAGAUGGUGCUUAUGCUCGGUCCCUGGAUGGAUGGCCUUCGCAGCCCUCGCGACCCAAUAAACACCGCAAGCAUGGAGGGUCUCUGUCCUUCCGUGUGCCCCAUGUCAACACAUUUGGCAGUGAUGAUCUCGAGGGUGACCUCGGCUAUGCUGCCGCCGAGGGCAUGGAAGGCAAUCAGCGCAAAGUCAUCGUUGAGCGCUUAGAGGCGGUCAAGAGCAAGAACCCCGUCUUUACUUGGUGUUGA